AUGUCGGUGCAGGUCAACGGGAAGCAUGUCUCGGCCUCGAAGAAAGUCGAAUCUCUGACAACACCCAAAAAGCGAAAGCACGAUACCGAAGAAAGAGAAUCCUCCAAAAAGAAGAAGAAGCAGCGGAGAGAAAUCGUAGCUAAUCCCUCUGCGGCCACUCUGGCAACUUCGACAGAGGAAGGCAAAAAGAAAAAGAAGAAGAGGAAGAAUCCCAAAGAUGAGACUUCAAGAAGCACACGAAUAAACGAAGAAGCACUAGGGUCGCAAGAUAUUGAGCUGCCCGAGACAGCAGAAGAACCAAAUGAAGUCGUUCCGCAAACCUCGUCGACUGCUGUCAAUGGUGAGGAUGAAAUAGUCGUGGACUCAGAAGAGGUUCUUCACCUGCUGGAUUCGCAAGAUCUUUCAUCUUUCUACUCGACACGAUUGUCCCUGUACCUCUCGAUACCUGCGAUCGCGCUUGAAGCAAGCAGCUCUUCGAUCCUCGCUAUGCACCUCGCGCCAUUACUGCUAACAUACUUCCCCCCGGCGAAAGGUGUCGUCCUUGGAUUCUCCGAUCCCGUCCUUUCAGCAAAACCCGAUACUGGCAUCAAUCUGCCUCUCCUACCUCCGCGGAACGGCGAGAUCCCAUCCCAGGGCGAAGUGUGGGCGCGAACAGCUGAUGAAUUUGGAGUAUGCUGGAUAUGGCUCACUGCCACUUUCCUAGUGUUCCGACCGCAAAGAGGAGACGAGCUAUACGGAUGGACCAACGUGGCAUCAGAAGGCUUCGUUGGGCUGGUGAGCUACAAUUAUUUUCAGACGGCUGUAGGCAAGCCCAGAAUUCCUGCCGACUGGAAUUGGCAUGGGCCAACAAAAGAGCAAGCUGGGAAAAAUAAGAAGAAGGCCAAAAAGGGCAGAUUACGCGACGGAGACGGCGUGAGCCAGGCGCGGGAGGAAGAUACACAAGAGGAACCACAGUCGGGCGAUCUCUCCAGUUUCCAUGUACCAAUCGGCGACGACGUCGGCUUUUUCGCAGAUUCAACAGGCUCCAAGAUCUCUGAGACCCUCAAAUUCCGAGUGGUGGACACAGAAAUGGUACCUGCACAUGAUCGCCACAAGUGGGCUUUACAGAUUGAUGGGACACUGUUAGAUGAAGAGGCUGAGCGGCAGGUUGUAGAGGAAGAACGCGCAAAAUUCGAGCAAGCACAGCAACACCGGCGGUCCCCACCGCCUAGAGACACAAAGGAUGUGCUGAUGAGUGGGGCGUUGAGGUUGAGCCGGGAAGGCAGUGUUGCCUCAAGGAUAUCCGGACAGACUCCCGGGCGACACUGGUUGAGAUAUUGA